AUAGUUAUCAUUUACAAUCUAAACUAGGAAUUAAUAAAAUAAUGAUUUCAAAAUGUUGCUUAAUUUCUUUAUGUUAUAUCGUAUAUACUAUUAACUAUAGUUUUGUUGAAAGUACUAAUCAUUUAGAAAAUAAUAGUUAUGUUGACGUGAAUACGAGCUCCGGUAUAGUGAGGGGACAGACCAUACAAGUGCUGAAUCAUACAAUCAAUGAAUUUUUGGGAAUACCUUUCGCUGAGCCACCCGUCGGUGACCUCAGGUUUGCUAAACCAAAACCCAUCGGAAAGCCACUCAAAGGUAUAAUCAACGCAACGGUGCCCAAGAACUCGUGUAUGCAAACACUGAUACCUUUCUAUACAAGUGAUCUCAAUAUAGAUGAGGAUUGUCUGGUAUUGAAUAUAUGGGCGCCACCGGUAAGGGAUACCGAAGGGAUAAAUGUUGAUAAGCAAUUGAAACCGGUGAUGGUAUGGCUGCAUGGUGGGGCUUUUAUGAUCGGAUCCAUAUUUAUAUUACCCGAUUAUAACGGCUCAGUGUUGGCCACACAUGACAUCGUGUAUGUGUCGACCAAUUAUAGAGUGGGCGCCUUUGGUUUCCUAUAUUCGGGCGAUGAGUCUGCGCCCGGAAAUAUGGGUCUCUAUGACCAACAACUGGCACUUCAAUGGAGCGCCGGUAGUUGGUCGGUGUCGGCCCACAUAUUGUCACCACUUUCAAAAGGCCUAUUCCGGAGGGGUAUUAUGGAAAGUGGGGCCCAUUUAUUCUCCAGAAGGCGACCAUUGAUUACCAAAUGUGAAGCCAUUUCUUAUGCAAAACAAUUGGCUGAAUAUUUCAAUUGUACGGACGAUAAGUGGGUUCAAUGCUUACGAGGAAUCGAUGCCACACUCAUCCAAGACUAUCAGAUUGAAAAUAAUAGCACAUACCAUACGAAUAUGAUAAUGGGCACUGAUAUUCUACCAUACUCAGCACAGGUAGCAUUUAAACAGCAAGAAUUUAAUAAAGAUAUUGAGCUAAUAGCUGGAGUGGCAACACUGGAAGGUUCACUCCUAGCUUAUGUGGAUUUCCCAAUACUCAGGGUAAUAAAUGUGACAAAACAAGACUUCGAAGAUUUGGUGCAACAAAAUGAGCCCAUAUUUCAUGCGCUAAACGUGAAGAAUAUGACAGAAUAUUAUCUUCGAGACAUCGAUGACACCAAUUCCAGUGCCAUUCGCCACUCAUUCUUCUCGUUCUACGGCAAUGUACUCAUCACUUGUCCGACAUAUCUGUUCGCAAAACUCUUCGCCCAAAACACGGCUAAAGAAAACAAUGUAUUCUUCUAUGAGUGGAAUUAUGGAACUUAUCGGAUAUCUGUUGAUAAUAGUGUCACUCAUGGGGCAGACCUACGCUAUGUUUUCGGUCUACCCCUUAUACAUACUACACAUUUAGAAAUCAAAAGUUAUGUUGACGUGAAUACGAGCUCUGGUAUAGUGAGGGGACAGACCAUACAAGUGCUGAAUCAGACAAUCAAUGAAUUCUUGGGAAUACCGUUCGCUGAGCCACCCGUCGGUGACCUCAGAUUAGGAGCCUUUGGUUUCAUGUAUUCGGGCGAUGAGUCUUCGCCCGGAAAUAUGGGUCUCUAUGACCAACAACUGGCACUUCAAUGGGUGAAGCAAAAUAUUUAUAAGUUUGGUGGUGACCCUAAUAUGGUGACCAUAUUUGGUGAGAGCGCCGGUAGUUGGUCGGUGUCGGCGCAUAUAUUGUCUCCACUAUCUAAGGGUCUGUUCCGGAGGGCUAUUAUGGAGAGUGCGGCUCAACUAUCCUCCAGACAGAGACCUAUUGUUACUAAAACUGAAGCCAUUUCUUAUGCAAAACAAUUGGCCAAUCAUUUCAAUUGUACAAACGAUAAGUGGGUUCAAUGCUUACGAGGAAUAGAUGCCACACUUAUCCAAGACUAUCACAUACAGACCAAUAACACAUAUUAUAUAAACACCAUAAUAGGCACUGAUAUCCUUCCCUAUGCAGCACAGGUAGCCUUUGAGAAGAAAGAGUUUAAUAAAGAUAUUGAACUAAUAGCCGGAGUGACAGAACUGGAGGGGUCAGCACUGGCCUACUUUCAGUACCCGAUAUUACAAACAGAUAAUGUGACGAAACAAGACUUCAAUGAUUUGGUGCAACAAAAUGAGCCCACAUUUCAUACGCUAAACGUGAAGAAUAUCACAGAUUAUUAUCUGCGAGACAUCGAUGACACCAAUUCGAGUGCCAUUCGCCACCAAUUCUUCUCGUUCUACGGCGAUGUACUCAUCACUUGUCCGACAUAUCUGUUCGCAAAACUCUUCGCCCAAAACACUGAUAAAGAAAAUAAUGUAUUCUUCUAUGAGUGGACCUAUGGAUCAUCCGAUAUGGCUAUAGACAAGAUAAUGGGUGUCACCCACGGGGCUGACCUACGCUAUGUAUUUGGUCUGCCACUGACUCAGCAUAACGUGAAUUAUACUAAAGUUGACAAAGAAUUUACAGAAUAUUCUAUGAGAUUGUGGACUGAUUUCGCAAAAACAGGUACUACACAUUUAGAAAUCAAUAGUUAUGUCGACGUGAAUACGAGCUCUGGUAUAGUGAGGGGACAGACCAUACAAGUGCUGAAUCAGACAAUCAAUGAAUUCUUGGGAAUACCUUUCGCUGAGCCACCCGUCGGUGACCUCAGGUUUACUAAACCAAAAGCCAUUGAAAAGCCAAUCAAAGACAUUAUCGACGCAACUGUUCCCAAGAACUCUUGUAUGCAACCGUUGAAUCCCUUAUAUCAAUAUAAUGGCAAUAAUAGUGAGGAUUGUCUGGUAUUAAACAUAUGGUCGCCACCGGUAAGUGAUAUUGAAGUGGUAGAUAAGCCAUUGAAACCGGUGAUGGUAUGGAUAUACGGUGGUGCUUUUGUCAUUGGAUCCAUAUUUCAAUUUCCUAAUUAUAACGGCUCAGUGUUGGCCACACAUGACAUCGUGUUUGUGUCCAUUAACUACAGAUUAGGAGCCUUUGGUUUCCUAUAUUCAGGCGAUGAGUCUUCGCCCGGAAAUAUGGGUCUCUAUGACCAACAACUGGCACUUCAAUGGGUGAAGCAAAAUAUUCAUAAGUUUGGUGGUGACCCUAAUACUGUGACCAUAUUUGGUGAGAGCGCCGGUAGUUGGUCGGUGUCGGCGCAUAUAUUGUCUCCACUAUCUAAGGGUCUGUUCCGGAGGGCUAUUAUGGAGAGUGCGGCCCAACUGUUCUCCAGACAGAGACCAAUGAUUACCAAAACUGAAGCCAUUUCUGAUGCAAAACAAUUGGCCAAUCAUUUCAAUUGUACGGACGAUAAGUGGAUUCAAUGCUUACGAGGAAUCGAUGCCACACUCAUCCAAGACUAUCACAUACAGACCAAUAACACAUACCAUAUAAACGCCAUAACAGGCACAGACAUACUGCCCUAUUCAGCACAGGUAGCCUUCGAGAAGAAAGAGUUUAACAGAGAUAUUGAACUAAUAGCCGGUGCGACAGAACUGGAAGGUUCAGGACUGGCCAUAUGGGUGUUCCCGAUACUGAUCACAAAAAAUGUGACAAAACAAGACUUUAAUGAUUUGGUGCAACAAAAUGAGCCCACAUUUCAUACGCUAAACGUGAAGAAUAUUACAGAUUAUUAUCUGCGAGACAUCGAUGACACCAAUUCCAGUGCCAUUCGCCACCAAUUCUUCUCGUUCUACGGCGAUGUACUCAUCACUUGUCCGACAUAUCUGUUCGCAAAACUCUUCGCCCAAAACACUGCUCAAGAAAAUAAUGUCUUCUUCUAUGAGUGGACCUAUAAAUCGUCGGAUACUCCUAUUGAUCAGUUACUGGGUGUCACCCAUGGGGCUGAACUACCCUAUGUUUUUGGAUUACCACUCACUCAACACGACAAGAAUUAUACUAAAGUUGACAAAGAAUUCACGGAAUAUUCGAUGAGAUUGUGGACUGAUUUCGCCAAAACAGGAAAACCGGAUUCAUUGGAUAAAUGGCCGCAUUUGAUGGAUAAGACAAAAAUGAGUAUUAAAAACAUGGAUCCAUUGGAUGACACCAUCUUUAAGAUUUCAGAGAUGGAUCUAAUCUCAAUCGACACAAACUCUCCCAUUCGGGCGAAAAGCCAUUCAAAUGUAAUCAUAAGGAUUGCGUCCGAAGAUUUGCCCGAAAGGUACAUCUCAUUCAACACCAACCCAUCCAUUCGCGAGUAA